AUGCCCAGCUCCCUCGGCCAGCCCGACGGCGGCGGGAGCCCGGGCGGCGGCGGGCCGGGGGCGGCGGCCGGCCGGGACCCCAGCCCCGCGCCCCCGGCCCCGCCGCCGCCCCCGCCCGAAGGCGCCGAGGAGGCCGCGCCCGCGCCCCGGCCGCCGCCCGAGCCCGACGACGCGGCCGCCGCGCUGCGCCUGGCGCUGGACCAGCUGUCUGCGCUGGGGCUGGGGGGCGCGGGCGACACGGACGAGGAGGGGGCAGCCGCGGGCGGCGGAGACGGCGCGGCUGCGGGGGGCGCGGACGGCGGGGCGGCGGCUGAGCCCGCGCCCCACGACGGGCCCGAGGUCGGCGCUCCCUUGGCCGUGGCUCCCGCGGUGACCGUGGUCUCCAGUCCGCUGUCGCUUCUGGACCCCGACGUGAGCCCCCCGCCGCCGCCGCCGCCCCGGCCGUCGCCACCGGACGUGUUCGCGGGCUUUGCGCCCCACCCCGCGGCCCUGGGCCCCCCGACGCUGCUGGCCGAGCAAAUGAGCGUGAUCGGUAGUCGGAAGAAGAGCGUGAACAUGACCGAGUGCGUGCCAGUGCCCAGCUCGGAGCACGUCGCCGAGAUCGUGGGUCGCCAGGGCUGCAAGAUCAAGGCUCUGCGCGCCAAGACGAACACUUACAUCAAGACACCGGUGCGCGGGGAGGAGCCGGUGUUCAUCGUGACGGGCCGCAAGGAGGACGUGGAGAUGGCCAAGCGCGAGAUCCUGUCGGCUGCUGAGCACUUCUCCAUGAUCCGCGCCACGCGCAGCAAGGCCGGGGGGCUGCCCGGCUCCGCGCAGGGCCCGCCCAACCUGCCGGGACAGACCACCAUCCAGGUGCGCGUGCCCUACCGCGUGGUGGGGCUGGUAGUGGGGCCCAAGGGCGCCACCAUCAAGCGCAUCCAGCAGCGGACGCACACGUACAUCGUGACGCCCGGGCGUGACAAGGAGCCGGUGUUCGCCGUGACGGGCAUGCCUGAGAACGUGGACCGCGCGCGCGAGGAGAUCGAGGCGCACAUCACGCUGCGCACUGGCGCCUUCACCGACGCCGGCCCGGACAGCGACUUCCACGCCAAUGGCACUGACGUCUGCCUGGACCUGCUUGGCGCCGCCACGAGCCUCUGGGCCAAGGCCCCGAACCCAGGGCGGCGGCCCCCCACGGCCACGGCCAGCCUCCGCGGGGACAGUGCCCUAGGCGCCCCCAGCGCCCCUGAGGCCUUCUAUGCGGGCAACCGCGGGGGACCACCAGUGCCCGACACAGGCCCUGCCAGCCCCUACGGUGGUGCCGGCAAUGGGGGCUUCACCUUCGGUGGGGACGGCCCCGGUGCCCCCGCGGGGACCGCUGCCCCCGAGGACUGCGACUUCAGUUUUGACUUCCUGGCGCUGGACCUGACGGUGCCCACCGCUGCCACCAUCUGGGCCCCCUUUGAGCGGGCCGGGCCCCUGCCCGCCUUCAGUGGCUGCUCGGCCAUCAACGGGGGCCCGGCGCCGCCUGCAGCUAGCGCCCGGCGCAGCAGCGGGACCGGGACCCCGCGCCACUCACCCACGCUGCCCGAGCCCAGCGGCCUAGGCCUGGAGCUCCCACUGGCCCGCCGCGGCGCCCCCGACCCUGUGGGCGCGCUGCCCUGGCGGUCCCCGCAGGGCUCCCUGCCCUUCCCGGGUGGCACGGGUUUCUCCGCACCCACCUCACUGCCCAGCAGCGCCCCGGCAGCCUCCUGCUCCCCGCUGGACUCCGGUGCCUCCGAGAGCAACCGCAAGUCCUCGACGGCCACCGCGGCCCCGGUGGCCCCGGGGCCCCCAGCGGCAGUGGCCUCCCCGGCCUUGGCGCGGGAGUGCGUGGUGUGCGCAGAGGGCGAGGUGAUGGCCGCGCUGGUGCCCUGCGGCCACAACCUCUUCUGCAUGGACUGCGCCGUCCGCAUCUGCGGCAAGAGCGAGCCCGAGUGCCCCGCGUGCCGCACGCCGGCCACCCAGGCCAUUCGCGUGGAGACGGUGAGCCCGCGACCCUCAGUUCUUAACAAAUAACAGUAUUGAGUCGACAGGUUAAAAUAAACUAGAGAGAAAAGGUUUGCUUGCACUUUUAUACUUUUAUUUAAGACACCCCACCUCCAGGGUGAUCUUUCAAAAACAAAACAAAACAAAAAAACAAACAGGAUUUUUACAACUCUCGUGUGCUCCUUUUGUACGUAGCCGUUUUCUGAUUUGACAGUGUUUGUUGUCCCUGGCCUCAGACUGUACAGGCACUUCUGCGAGGAGGAUGGUGACAUUUUUACUCCCUUUUUGGGGCUAACCGUUUACCCUUUUGUAUGGCGGCUGUUUGUGGCCGGAGGGGGGUGGGGGGUGGGGUCCCGGGCGUCCCAACCAGAAAUUUCUAACUUUUUUUUUUUUAAUUAUUAAUUCCCUUCCUGCUGUGGUUUCUGUUGUCACUUUUUAAAUUUUUAAAGUUUUUUUUUUAAUUUUUACUUUUACUUUUUACCUCGUGUAUAUGUAGGGAAUUUAUAGGGAAAUAUGUACUUUAUGGAAUAAAAUUUUAAGAACUAAAAAUAUAUUUUAUUUUAAAUAAAGUAAUGGACCUUUAAUCUUACACAGCUAAAUUACUGAUUAUAUAUUUGCUGAGCUGAUUUAAGGGUUAAAAAAAAUUGUAUCAAGAGUUUUAUUUUUUGACUUCAAAGCCUUCUUAAUAAAGUCUUUUUACUACAUGUGA